AUGAAGAAUCCACCACCAAGCGAAACGAUGAAACGUCCGAAACCAACGGGAACAAUGAAACAUCCACAACCAACGGGAACAAUGAAACGUCCACCACCAAGCGAAACAAUGAAACAUCCAAAACCAAGCGGAACGAUGAAGAAUCCACGACCAAGUCCAACUACAAGUCCAACGGAAACAUCGGCAACAACAGUUCCAGGCRAGAAKGUAGAUGGAGGCUGGGACCAGUGGAGCAGUUGGGCAUGCUCCAAAUGUGGUGUUGCUAACAAAGAAAUACGUACUAGAACUUGCACCAAUCCCAAACCUUCUGGAGGCGGGAAACAAUGUGUUGGGAAUGGUAAAGAAGAAAGCAACACUAACUGCAAGCCAUGCGCAGAGAUGAAAAUGGAAACAAAGUUUAAAGUAAACAAACAAUUUGAUGAUAAAAUGAAAGAUCCGAAUAGUGCUGAAGCAAAAAGUGUCUGCGAUCCAAUGAAAGAAACGAUGUUGAGAGAAACUAACGCUAAAGAAGUGUCAAACUGUACUCUCAAACCUGGUAGCAUUGUCGUGUUUCUUGGAUUAGUAUUCAAUGUUGACGGAGAUGCUAGCAAAACACCAGUAAACUAUACCAAACUCGUUGAAGCCAUCGUCAAGAACGGAACAAUUGGCAAUUUUACCGUCGACCCAAAGAGCUUUGUUGUUUCAAAAGUAACUGUUAACGGAGUUGAUUUGGGGGAAUGGAAGCCAGACGUCAGCCUUUGCACCAAAAUGUGCUGUGGUGGCAAYUUUCUUUAUGAAAAUAGGACUUGCACUCCAAAAACCACUUCAUGUCUUGGUUUGAUAAAGUCUCGAGAAAUAAGCUGCAGUCCAGCUUGCGAUACGCAUUCAUGUGAUUCCAGUUGYGGUGUUGAUGUUCAGAUCUCUGCUUUUGCCUUGAUUUUCGUUGCACUACUGACACUCAGAUUUCUGCAUUAAGAUGACAAGCUGUGUGGACAAAGAAAGUUUUUCUCGAGCCACCAAUCGUCAUAAAAUAUCUUGUUGUACAACAGUAGUAUAGCCAGUACUUUUUAAACUCUUUUUUGUUCUCAGCACAAAUAUAACUCACUUUCAGCCUGCAGAAAGAAAACAAGAAACAUMAAUGAGAAAUAGCAAAAGCAAUGUCAUGUUUUAUGAAUAAUAUAUUUCAUAUUCGAUGAAAUACCUGUAAUCAACUACACAAAUAUACUCAAACAUAAUGCUAGACAAGCAUGUUUCAUACAAACAAUGUGGACUAUCCCUCCUGGGUCAAACUGAUUGAUUUAAACCCCUAUAAGACCCUAUAAGCAACCGGUAUAGUCYCUCUUUCGCAAAGCAUCAUGGGGAAAUCUUAUCACCUUUAAUAUUCCUUCCCUUGGUGCAUUGCGAAAUGCGAGAGAAGAGACUGGAGACGAGACAKUUCUACAUUUGUAAUGCAUGCAGACAUAUUCCCGUCACCUAAAUAAUUAACUAGAUUUAGUUCAUUUAAAUGUCCAUCCAAUCUACGCAAGGAAAAUAAUAAGCUUAGAAUGUAGAAUGUUGGAGAUGGACUUGUAAUCCGACGAAGUAGUUUAGAUAUAAAACUUUCAUAUAAAAACCGAUUUGAAUCUAAUUCAAGGAACAAAUCGGUUGGUGGUUAGCAGUAGUUAGUGCGAAUAGCACUGAACCAUGUCAACUACUUGCAUGCCUGCUUACURAAAUCUGAAUCAAUAUAUUUAUGUUGAGCUUGGAUUAAAAGGUCCUAUUGAUACACCAUA